AUGGAUCCAUAUAAGUUUAAUAGCUGGAUACGAAUUUUGAUAUCCUUAUGUUCUCUCGGUGCAUAUAUACUAAUUUCAUUGAUGAUGCCCUUAUAUAUUGGGAAAUCCAAUUUUGAAACUAUGUAUGGAAUACAUUUUGUUUCUCCAUAUAACAAAGGAAAAUAUAUAACAUGGAACAAAUACGAGACUCAAAUAUGUGACAAUAAAAGGGCAUACGGGGUUCCAAAAAAAGGAAACCCCUUUCAAGAAAAUACAGCAGCAAUGUUAUGUGACUCCGUUUUCUUUUUGAAAAAUUAUUUAUUAAUAGUUUUCAUAAUAACUAUUAUAAAUAUGCUGUUAGUUAAGGGUGUACUAAUAUAUACUCAUUUUAAAGAACAUCCAGAAACCUUUCCAUUAAAAUAUGUCAAGUAUUGCAACAAAUUGAUUAUCUUUAUAAUGUGUCUAACAAUUAUCAACUUUAUGUUAUUUACGUCCCCCUUUUUCUUUUUCAAUUAUCACAAUGAGUUUGGAAAGACCACCUUUGCAUAUCCAGGAUAUUACAUUUUGAUGGGUGAUUUCUUUUCACAUUUUAUUAUAAUUUUAUUUAUAAAACGGGAUAAAACUAUUUUAAAAUGUGUGUGCGAAUUGGAAGUAUUGCCUUGGGAAAGAAAGCAAAAAGCCACAUUCCACAACGUCGUAUUUAACGAUACAUUGAUAAGCCCCGCCGAAAUAACAAACUAUCUCCACAAUAUGUUUCACGAAGAUAACAUAAAUGAAGAUCAACUUAAAAAUUUAUUUGGAACAAAUAAUUAUGAAGAUAUUUAUUAUAUGAUUAUGAAUAACAUAAAGAUGAAUAAUUAG